GAAGCAUGGGGCCAAGCAGCUACCGUUGUUAUUAUCUUUGAUGUGGUUGAUUUCUAGACACUCCUAUGCGGAACAAAAUUUCCUACCGUCUAGUGCUCCACCAAUCUUCAAGAUUUACUCCAUUGGUAUUCCAUAGAAUUUCUACAGCUUUGGUUACCUUAGAGAGAAAAAAAAGGGGAAAAUGGUGGUAACUGGUGGCGUUGAAGUUUGUGGCGAUUCCAAUUAUGACAGAAAAAGAGAACUGAAAGCAUUUGAUGACUCAAAAGCUGGUGUCAAAGGUCUUGUUGAUGCUGGGGUUACCAAGGUUCCUCGGAUGUUCAUCCGACCACCUGAUAACUUGAGAGAUGCUUCAGAUACCAAGAAAAUCCAAUUUAGUAUUCCGGUUAUUGAUCUAGAAGGCAUUGAAAACAAUCCAGCGCGGCGUAAGGAGAUCAUCGACAAAGUCAGACAUGCCUCAGAGACAUGGGGAUUCUUCCAGGUUGUCAAUCAUGGAAUCCCUUCAGGUAUUCUCCAGGAGAUGAAAGAUGGGGUUCAAAGAUUUUUUGAGCAGGAUAUUGAGGUCAAGAAAGAAUUCUAUGCACGUGAUCGCGUUACAAGGUACAGGUAUACUAGCAACUUCGAUUUGUACACAGCUCCAUUUGCAAAUUGGAGAGAUACCUGCUUUUGCGUAAUGGCUCCCGAUCCUCCCAAGCCAGAAGAGUUGCCGGCCGUAUUGAGAGAUAUUCAACUGGAAUACACGAAGCAAGUCAUCAGAUUAGGAAGUUCUCUGUUUAAAUUGUUGUCUGAAGCUCUUGGACUAAAACCAAGUCACCUCGAGGAGAUGGGAUGUGCUGAGGGCCUUUCAGCUCUAUGCCACUAUUAUCCACCGUGCCCUGAGCCUGAACUAGCCUUAGGCACAAGCAAGCAUUCCGACAAUGACUUCCUAACAGUGCUUCUACAGGACCAAAUUGGAGGCUUGCAAGUGCUUCAUCAAGACCAGUGGGUUGAUGUUCCUCCUGUGCCUGGUGCCUUAGUGGUCAAUAUUGGAGAUCUUCUACAGCUCAUAACAAAUGACAAGUUCAAAAGCGUAGAGCACAGAGUGUUGGCAAACCGCGAAGGCCCAAGAAUAUCAGUUGCAUGCUUUUUCACCACAGGUCUACUACCAUCUUCAAGGCUGUAUGGACCCAUUGAAGAGCUUCUAUCAGAUAACAAUCCUCCAAUCUAUAGAGAAACAACAGUUAGAGACUUUGUUUCCUACAUCUAUGAACAUGGUCUUGAUGGAACUUCUCCCCUACAUCUCUUCAGACUGUGAAAUUGGCCAUAUAGCAUAUAUGUUUGAUUAAGGGAAAAAAAAUGUUAACUGGACUGGUUGAUUGAUUUAUCAAGACACCAUGAGUAUAUUUGGCACAAAUUGAGCUCAAAUAAGUAUUGUCAAUUUAUAGCCAUUAUCUACUUUAUCAAAGUGGUAGCAA